UUCCGUGCAUCUGUGUGCUUGCUGGUUCGGUUUGCUUUCUGUUCAGAAGAAAAAAGAUUGGUGUCUCUUCUUGUUGGCGACGACUGUGGCUGCCGAUUUUUCGCUGCUCCAGUCUGUAUUCAAAGAUCGUGUAAUAUUUUAACUCGAAUAUCGUCGGAACGCCUCGCUGUUUUUUCGUGUUUCGUACAUCUGGUGCUGGAUCAUCCAACUGUGGCUUUGCAAACGGGAGACUUGACUCGCGAGUUCCCCCAUUCCGGUUGUUCGUUGACUGAUUUUCUCGAUAGUUUAGUAUUCUUUCAUCGCCCCCCGAGUGGCCCGAAAAUCCGGAACGGAAACACGCACCGCGGCCCCGUGUUGGAUUUCCUUUUGUUGCUUCGAUGUCGGGUUUGUCGUGAGUUUUUUCUAUUUUAUUUUUUCAUCGUUCGAUUCGGAAAGUGUCAGCUCCGGUAAUCUGGAAGGCACAAGUUUCCCAAAUUGAAGAAGCUGCUAAUAGUUGUUCAAAAGUGUGACUCUAUUUGUAACGUAACAGUUUUUGUGUUAGUGAAAAAGGCGCUACAAGAAAAACGGAGCGAUUCGAGAUUCGCAACAGCACCCUGCUGCUAAACCGGUAACAUCCGAACCCUGAAGAGUUCGAAGAGUUCUGCAACAGCAAGCAAUAGCUUAGCAACAAACAGCAAACAUGGAUCUGUUCGAGAAAGGAAGCAUAGUCAACAUCAAACGGAGUGAUGGUCGAGUACACUCAGCGAUGGUGUCCAGGAUCCACGAGGCGUCACGCUCGGUCACAGUGGAGUGGUACGAGCGUGGCGAAACCAAAGGCAAGGAAGUUGAGCUGGACAUGCUACUGGAGUUGAACAAACCAGAACUGCUCGUAGAUGCUGGCACCAACGGCGACUCCACACUCGUGCCACAGCUCAAGAAAGAUCACAUCACUCCCGCACCUGCCAAUCUAGCUAGGGAGUCUUCUCAGUCGUCCGCGGAAGAUGACGGUUUUCUGGAAGACCAGGAAGAUCCGACGGUGCUGCAGCAUAACCAUGCCAAUAGUCAGAAUGGCAACGGCAACAACAACAAUAACCAUCAUGGCGGAAGCAAUGGGUCCGGUCUAGGAGGAGGAACUAUGCCGAUGAGCCGGUCCACCAAUGCGGCUUCCAAGGCGAACGCCACACAAGGUGCAAUCAGCAGGCUCAACGUUGUAAAUGGAGCCGGACGAACGGCACGAACCUCGUUGGCCCCCAACAUCAACGGUCAGGAUCAGUCCGAAAACAUUCCCCCACAAAAGGCAAAACAGGCUAAGGGUAUACCCACGAGUAGAAUGUCGAUGACAGCCCAGCCAACCGUCACACAGAUCGCGCAACCACAAACGGUAGCCUCACAGCUCAGUCAAGCCGCGUCCAACCCCCGACGGUCCUACGUCGUCAAAGAGGUGGAACGAUUAAAGGAAAACCGUGAGAAGCGGCGAGCCAAGCAGGCCGUAAUCCGGGAAGAGAAAAAUGCACUUAUGAACAUGGAUCCCGGCAACCCGAACUGGGAACUGUCGGCCAUGAUCCGGGAGUACCAGAGCCAGAUCGACUUCCGGCCGCUGCUGGACGGGCAAGCCAUCGAAGACCACCAGAUCACGGUGUGCGUGCGUAAGAGGCCACUCAGUCGCAAGGAACUGAUGCGCAAAGAGCUGGAUGUGAUCUGUGUACCAACCAAGGACACCUUGAUAGUGCACGAGCCGAAAACGAAGGUGGAUUUGACCAAAUUCUUGGAGAAUCACAAUUUCCGAUUCGAUUAUGCUUUCGACGAUAGCUGCGACAACGAACUGGUUUACAAAUACACGGCGAAACCGCUGGUGCAGACCAUUUUCGAGGGUGGUAUGGCGACCUGUUUCGCCUACGGCCAGACCGGUUCCGGUAAAACCCACACCAUGGGUGGUGAUUUCAACGGCAAGGUUCAGGACUGCAAAAACGGUAUCUACGCCAUGGCCGCCAAAGACGUGUUUGCCUAUCUGCACAGCGCCAAAUACAACCAUCUGAAUCUGGUCGUGUCGGCCAGCUUCUUCGAGAUCUACAGUGGAAAGGUAUUUGAUUUGUUGUCGGACAAGCAAAAACUUCGGGUCCUCGAGGACGGCAAGCAGCAGGUCCAAGUAGUGGGUCUCACGGAAAAGGUAGUCGAUUCGGUGGAAGAGGUUCUAGGUAUCAUCAACCAUGGCAACAGUACGCGAACCUCCGGACAAACCUCAGCCAACGCCAACUCGUCCCGGUCACAUGCCGUAUUCCAGCUGGUCGUUCGACCCAAAGGCUCAACCAAGAUCCACGGAAAGUUUUCGUUCAUCGAUUUGGCCGGUAACGAACGUGGAGCGGACACAUCGUCUGCGAACCGCCAAACUCGAAUGGAAGGAGCCGAAAUCAACAAAUCGCUGCUAGCCCUGAAGGAGUGUAUUCGAGCGCUGGGCAAACAGAACGCCCACUUGCCGUUCCGCGUAAGCAAGCUGACCCAGGUGCUGCGAGAUUCGUUCAUCGGCGAAAAGAGUAAAACCUGUAUGAUUGCAAUGAUUUCGCCCGGCCUGAGUUCCUGUGAACACACGCUCAACACGCUGCGAUACGCCAAUCGAGUCAAGGAGCUGGUCGCCAUUGAUCCAUCCGAGAGAACGGAUGAAAUCGAACCAAUGGAAAGUGAUGAACAACCGAAAAAUGGCGUUCUCUCCGAGAACGAUUUGGCCCAGCUGCGGUCACUUAACGAACACGACAUGUCGGUUGAGUUGUACAACCAGCACGCAGCCAUCUCGGAUCUGCAGCAGACGGAAGAGGAAGUGGUGGACCAUCACCAGAAGGUGAACGAGUUCCUGAUGAAGUUCUUGCCGGAAUCGCGGGAACUGUACAAGCAAACGAACUAUGUGGAUUAUGAUCAGGAUGCUUACUGCAAACGCGGCGAGGAACUGUUCACCCAGCUGGCCGAGAUUGCCACCACCUGCAAGGAUCUGAUGUCCGAGUUCCGUGCCAAGCUGGCCAAGGAGGAAAUGCUGUCGCACAAAAUCAAACCGGACCGGAAGUACAACUAGGAGGCGGGCCCGGGCGAAAGCUAGAAAAAAAAACAAAAACGGAAAAGCAGACAGAACACGCGCUGAUGUUGGCAUUGAAAAUUAUAUUGCAGAAAAAGUGCGUGUGUGCGUGAGCGUUUCGAGAAUAAGUGAAGACAUAAAAUGCGUUUCUAGUGCGAAGUUUGUAUAUUAGGCGAGCUGGAAUCGAGCCACCGGGAUUGGAGUGGUUUGGUAGGGUUCUAUCAACCAUAUGAAAGCUGUGCUUUUUUGUAGGGAGAAGAAACUUCGAACAAGUCCGACUCAGGUGGCUCAGUUUCCAGCAGUUUGUGCCGGUGUAGUAGUUUUACCUCCGAAACGAAUGUUAUUAUAGAUUGUUAACGCAACACAGAAAGAUUGAAAACGGUUACUGUUUCGUGCUCCACCUUGACAUCUUCUAGAAUAUUGCUGUACAAUGGCUGGUUGAAGAUAACAAAAAAAAAAAAAUCGUCAAAUAAAAGCAUUCGCGAUCAUUAUUUCAUUUUUGCUAGAACUGAUUAAACCAUAACACGUUAGUAUACAAACUAUGGCACAGUAUUAGUAGCUGUCAAGGUGUUGUGGGCAGGCAUUAAUCGUUGAAACUUGAAAAUAUUUACGAACAAGCAGCAUUGGUUCAAAUGCAGAUGGUCCUCUUUUUUCAGUAAAAAAUUGGACCAGCACAGGAUAACUACAGAUUUAAUUGAAGUUAAAAAAACUACUAAACACAAGUGAAUUAUCUUAAACCUAGACAAACACACACAUUCUGUUUUGAAGAUAGGCUGCUGCUAUGCUACCACACUCCUCCAAAAACAGUCACACGCCCCCGAAUAUCAUUCCCUCAAAUCGUACGAACAAUAUUCUCUACAAAUGCAUUGAAGACUAGCAAAAAGGGCAAAAAUGACUAAUAUAUUUACCGUUAAGUGUAUUUGAAUUGAUCUUUUUUUCUCUCUUAUCCCUCUUAUUAAAUUGCUUUAAUGUUAUACACUUUUUGGGUGCAGCAUCCUUAUUUGCUAUCGUACUCAUUUCGUUUAAUAGGAUUCCAAGCGCCAAAUGUUAAAUCGAAUAUUAAAAUGUAUUAUUGUUUUAUCAGUUUCUUUAAGGCGCAGUCAUGGGGUGAACCCUCACUUCGGAACACCUGUGCAAAUCUGUUAUAAAUAUUAAAAAAGCACAACAGACUACUAAAACAAUGGGAUUAUUUUAUCACUAAAUGCGGUACUUUUACUAAAGGAAAUAUUUGAAAAGAUGUGUGCGCUUGAAGUCGUGAUGAGAAUGAGUUGUUGAGCAUAUGUUUUAGAUAGGUACGGCUUAUGAAAUGUGGUUUAAAAAAGACGAUUGAAUUAAUAAACAGAAAAAACAGUAAGACAAGCAACUAGAACGACUAUAAUAUGGUACGCCGCAACUAAUGGAAUGAACUUUGAAAACGUGAAUGUAAUAAGUUUUCAACGGAAACGAGUAUUUUGAGAGUGUGAUCAAAUAUCUGAACAAAAUGCAACAAUUAACACAACUAUUAGGAACAACAUUGGGAGCAGUCAAAAAACACCCUUAUACAAUUUAAAAAAUAUCAUUAAGUUAAGUUAACGAUACUGUUUCUUUCCCUUUUGCUUUGUUCCCACUGGGCGUUCUUCUUGAAAUGUGUGAAGAAUCGCCACCCAGAGGCGCGAUGCUUUUGUUUGUGUUAUUUCGAUUAUUUCACGAUAUGUGAUCACGCUGCGAAUGUUGAACAAUAGACAUAAUAUCUAAAGAAAAGAAAAAACUACACACAGAGCGCACGUGCGCUUUCUAAAAAAUGGCUUCUGUAAACUGCGAUUUGAGACCAAGUGCGUUAGUAAGAAACACAGGUUUACUGCUAAGCGUGCCCCCCUGGCAGUAGAGUUACGAGAAUAAAGAACUACACUACAAAACCAACACAUUCACCCGCUAUUGAGAAUUAAUGUAAUUAUUUAAUUAACCUUGUUUUUAUAAUGAACAAAGAGCGUUUUUUACUCAUUCUUCUUGAUAACAAUCAAAAUUAACGAAA